ACUAACAGUAGCCAACAUUACGGCCAGUAUCGCGCAAAUAUCGCUCGAGAACGGUUAGCGAAUUUUGAGUGUCACAAAAGCCACUUCAGUUUCGUGCCAAACCGCUGUGUUCGAUAUAUGCGAUUUUAUUGAGUGAUAUAAUCGUAAUCACCCUUGCCUGCAGAAGUUAUUAUAAUGGCUCACACCAACGGCACUGCCCAUCAUCCAGGAAGGAAACCGAAACCCUUGCACAUGAGACCAUGGAACGACAAUGUGGACGAUCUGGAAAAUAUCCCCGGAACCCCUAAAACCCCACGUACGUCAACGACUCCAGGUCACGAAAAAUGCACCUUCCAUCAUGAUCUCGAACUGGACCAUCGGCCCCCAACGAGAGAGGCGAUGCUCCCAGAGAUGGCCAGAUCGUACACACUGUUACUGAGUUCUCUUGGGGAAAACCCCGAUCGUCAAGGUCUCAUUAAGACACCUGAGAGAGCAGCCAAAGCCAUGCUCUUUUUCACCAAAGGAUAUGAUCAAAGUUUGGAAGAGGUCCUUAACGAUGCAAUCUUCGACGAAGAUCAUGACGAAAUGGUUGUGGUAAAGGACAUCGAAAUGUUCUCGAUGUGCGAACAUCACCUGGUUCCUUUUUACGGCAAAGUAUCCAUAGGAUACUUGCCGUGUGGAAAGGUAUUAGGUUUAAGUAAACUAGCUCGAAUUGUCGAGAUUUAUUCGAGAAGAUUACAAGUUCAAGAAAGGUUAACCAAACAAAUUGCCCAUGCAGUUACCAAGGCUGUUCAACCUGCUGGAGUUGCAGUUGUCGUGGAAGCAGUGCACAUGUGCAUGGUCAUGAGAGGUGUCCAGAAAAUAAACAGCAAAACUGUGACGUCAACAAUGCUCGGUGUCUUCAGAGACGAUUCGAAAACAAGAGAGGAAUUUUUAAAUCUCGUCCACAGCAAAUAAAAAAAUCGAAUCAACCGUUUUAUUAAUGAUUAUUUUUAGUACUUAUCUAAUUAAUUAAGUUAUUAUUUUUUUGUUACUAAAAUGUCAUAGAACGAUUGAAAGGAGAAGUCCUACGAUCUUUCGUAGUUCUUCCUUAUUACGAACCUGUACUUACGAUUAGUUAGUUGGUGACCUUCAGGGGCGCAAUAAGGGGGAGUCCGCGGGUGCCCUGGCAAGUCAAUUCCAAUCGAUUCACGUAAUAACCCAAAUUCGGUUCAAAUAGUUAAAGCUGGAAAAUGAACAACCGAAAUGAUUUUUAAAUUUUAGCCAUUUAAAUAUGAGACCAGCCGAACUCGAUUUUUCGAUUUUUCCGAUGAGCACCUACUUAAAGUUGUUGCGCCCCUCGUGACCUUAAUAACAAAGGGAUCAUAAAUUCUAUCUAUUUUGUUUGAUUAGGUAUGAAGAAAGUAUUAUUAUUAAAAUAUCUGUUAUAACUUUUAAAAUGAAUUCGUUUUAAAAUGCUAGAAAAAUUAUUUAAAAAGGCACUAAUAAUUAUAAAAAGGGUCCAAAUAAAUCUUUUUAGAACUCUUUAAAAUCAAGCUGACUUGUUAUGGUUCUUGAAAUUGAAAGAAGCAAAAUAGCAUCAUUUUGUAUUUAAUUGUACAUUUCAAAUCACUUUUGCGCCCAAACUGUUUAGAUUAGGCUAGGUUGGGUUAACAACAGCGGUGACUUGAUUCAAGUGUAUUUUUGUUGAUGCUUCUAAAUAUUUAUAGUACGUAAAUGCGAAUGUCUAGAAAAUCACAACCCUAUAAACAUAUCUAAAUGUUAAAAAUUUGCUUACUACAGGAAGCACUUGUGCAUUUGGUUUUAUUAAUUGUUUCAUUGAAUUAUCAUAAGAGUUGUACCAAUGGCUAAUAUCCUUCGAAUGUGUAAUUUUUUUUGCUUCUUUUUACAGAAUAUCCGAAGGUAAUUUUAGGAAUAAAUUAAUCGGAAAUCUGAAUAUAUUUAUUUUAUUACAAUGCUAACGUUCACAUUGGGACCAAUAAUUACAAGUCAGAAAAAUCACAUCGUAACUGUAAUUUAUUUUAAAUAAGCAAUGUCAUAUUUGCACUAGAUAUUGCUAGAACUAACAUCCAAUUUCAUUUCCAAAAAUGAUUUUUCAUAUUUAUUUCCACGUAUGCACAUCACAUAUAUUUUUAAAAUGAUUACUUGUCUGCAUUGGCGAAUUUAACACUUAUUUAAUUAGUACACCUACGUAUAUUUAUAAUGAAAUUUUGAUUUGUUUCUUACCAUGUAAAAUUUGUGAUGUAAACGAAAACGAAACUAAGCAACAAUAUAUUUUUUAAAAUGUUAUUUACUUCGUUUAACAGCAGGGUCCACAUUUUUUGUACAAUCGAUU